UGAGCUGUUUCUUUCGCACACGGCAGUUGUCGUGGUGUUUACGUGUGACGUAGUUUUGAAAGGGAUAAAGGGAUAGAUAUUCGCAGGCACACGUUAGAGAUAACGUUUCACAUAACUUUGCGGAUCGGCUUUUCCUUUUUUCUAACAAAGCUAAGCAGCUAGCCGGGGUUUGUGAUGGUCUGCUAACGGGACCCCCCCCUUCAAAAAUAAUGAAUGAGUUAGAGAUGGCUUCUUCCGACUGGCACCUGUCCUUGAAGCUGGCGAAUCAUCCCAAAUCUACCUUCCACUUCCCGGACAUGAUGCCAGGGGAUGUUCCACCUGGAGGAUACAGGAUCUCUACUUUAAAACAACUUGUUGCGGCCCAGAUCCCAGACUCCAUCCCGGAUCCUGAGCUCAUGGAACUGGUCCACUGCGGGCGGAAACUCAAGGACGACCUCACUCUGGAUGCCUGUGGGAUUCAGUCUGGAUCCACCUUACACAUCCUGAAAAAGAUUUGGCCAGAGCCACAAAGCAAUUCAGAGCCUGUAAACAGAGCAACUGCAGCCAGGGAGUUCAGGGUGUUUCAUGCCGCUCUUCACUCCCUAAACUCGGCCUACAGAGACUCUGUAUAUAAAAUGCUGACAAAUAAAGAGUCUUUGGAUCAGAUCAUCGUGGCUACACCGGGGCUCAGGUCAGACCCAAUUGCUCUAGGGGUGCUCCAAGACAAAGAUCUCUUUGUGCAGUUCACGGACCCGAACAUGCUGGAUAUAUUGAUCAGUUCACACCCAGCCCUCGUCAACGCCAUCAUCCUGGUCCUGCACUCGGUGGCUGGCAGCAUACCGACUCCGUCCAGCGGCAGCUCCUCUCGCAAUGUCUCUGCCGCUUCCUACAGCGAUAUGCCGGGGGGCUUCAUGUUUGAGGGCAUGUCCGAUGACGAGGACGACUUCCAGUCCGGCAGCCCGGCAGGCCCCUCCAGCAGAGCAGGGGGCUCGGCGGGAAUUCGACCAGUGUCUCUGAGCCACAGUGGAGCGACGGGCCCUCGACCAAUCACGCAGAGCGAGCUGGCGACGGCCUUGGCCCUCGCCAGCACCCCCGACAGCAGCGCGGUCACUCCGACUACUUCAAGCCAGGCGGACCCCUCCGGUGGCGUUGGCCCGAUGCCGACAGGGACUCCAGUCAGUAACGACCUCUUCAGCCAGGCUCUGCAGCAAGCUCUGCAGGCCUCCAACAUGACCGCGCUACAAGGCCGCUGGCAGUCCCAAAUGCAGCAGCUUAGGGACAUGGGGAUCCAGGACGAGGAUCUGAUGCUGAGGGCACUGCAGGCCACAGAUGGCGACAUCCAGGCUGCCCUGGAGCUCAUAUUCGCCGGAGGGCCAGGACUCUGAGCCCAUAUCCCACAGACAGCAGCCUUUAUAAAGGAGAGAAAGUGUGUGGGGGGGGGGAGGUUUAGCAUCUUGGUGCUCAGACAUGAGAAGUUAUUGCUUUACACAUACAGUAGACAUUUUUUUAUUUUCAUCAUUACCCUGUUUUUCCAAUUUACAGACAGUAUCAUAUGAGCUCCAAAGUUGACAUAACACUUUUCUCAUCUUGAUGUGACUGGAAGUAUAAUAAAUGUUACUUGCUUAUCUCA